UUUGACUCGGUGUGCUUUCAGUCUCAUUCGAACUUUCCUACCGAGCGGACGUGUGACGGCGGAACGAAAACGACCGCGGGCUUUUUUCUCCUCAUCUCUUGUUUUAUUCAUUGUUGAUAGUGUGUAUGUACGUUGAAUUAGUGCAUUAUCGUUACUGUUUAUUAUUCUUUAUUAAUCCGGUUCUAAUCUACACGGUGUGUGGCUGCGUUUAAAAUUCAGUGGAUUAAGCCAGAAACUUAUUCUUUCUUACGAAAUCUCACCUGUGUGUACGGGAUACCUGUGUGCACAUCUUGCGUACACGCACAAGUGUGUGUGUGUGGCGGGGGAACGAAGACACGAAGAAAUUCGUCGGCUCUCUCCGACCGUCUCUGAAAGUCGCUCGGAGGGGAGCCUGAAAACAUAAACAUAAGCCAGCAUAAAGGCUGAGCCGAAAAUACGUGCGCGCUGAAGCAGAAGGAAAGCAUAAAUGCUGCCGAAACUACACCCACUACAAAACUUGACAGAAAUAUAAACCUGACCACCGCGGCUUCGCCUUGACCUUUCUUCGGACGCAUCCGAAGAAAUUGCACCCUUCAAGUGAGAGAAGAGAAUAUCCCGCACCGAACACCCAAAAAAAAAAAAAAAAAACCAAGACUUGUCGACGCACUUUGCCCUGCUGGCAACAGCGAAUCCAGUGGUGGUGUACAAGUGACUUAUGACUCCUGGCUCCGAAGCUCGAAACUUCUGCUGAUCGUUCACGCUCGGGCGAUUCCCCGCAGGCCAACAACUUUCAUUUUGAACCUUCCAAGUCGGUUCUAGGUAGUGAUUACCGUUCCGGUUGGACCGCGCACAGUAAAAGUGAAAAUCGAUUGCUCCUCCCUCCUAUUCCAUCAAGAGUUGAUCGACUCCUCUAAUUACAGCACCCCCGCGUGUGAGCACUUUAGGCACUCAGCAAAUACAUAUUGAAUAUUUGAUUGUGGCGGAUUUCGAGUGAAGCGCCGAAUCACGCGAAUGAAAAGUGAGUGAUAAAAAUUUUGCAACUAAUUGAUCGUUUUCCCCGCGUGCGCGCAUUUGUGUACCAAGCUAAAAAAAAGGGAAAAUUUUCGACGGUGAAUUCGCGUAAAAAAAGGCCCGCAAUUAAACUCGCGAGUAACGGGCGAAGAAAGAGCCAUCACAACAGAAAAGAGAGGAAUAAUUGAAGAAAAAAACAAGUGAAAUAAAGAAAAAAAAAAACAAAAAAUAAGAAAAAAAAAACACGAAAGUGAAAUAAGUGCAAAAAGAAGAGAAAAAAGUCGAAACAUUUGGCUUGCCAAUGUGAGUGAGAAGAAUUCAAAGCUGUGGAAGCUCAACCUCGGUUAUCACUGUUAUCUCGGACUGUAUUUUUUUGUUGCUCUGUGGAUUGUAGUCGAAUCAGCGCACACGCACGCGAGAGACAGAGACAGCACCGGAGACGAUCAACGAGACGUGAACUUUUACGUGAACUCAUUGCAAACAGAUUGGAGCUCCUCUACCAACCCCCGAACCAACCAACAACAACUACACCACAUUAAUCCGGACACCUGAACAACAACAAAAAAGAGAGAACCUGAACAACACGGCGUCAAAACACCUCUUACGGGGACAGAUUUCCAGCGAGUCGCUGCUCGUCAGUAUCUUUCUACAGACUCACCAGAACGGACCGAACUCUCGUCUAAUCCCGCACACAUCACAAGCAUACAGGCAGUCGGGCAGUUAGUCAAUUAAGAAGGCCAAAUUGACGCUUGGUGGCGUCAGAGCAAUAGUAGCUGUGGGGCGCUAAGAACACCAAUCGAGUUCAAGGCUUCGGCAAACUCGACUCUCGUACCCCUUAAGGGUCUAACCGUGAAGAGUUGCAGCAGCAGCAAGGUGCCGCGAGUGUCAGAUUGAUCGUCUAGUGCAUAGUGUGUUGAGUUCGCGCGGUACACGCGUAAUUAAAUCUAGAGCUGCUGAAAUUUUCAUUUUUUUUUUGCAUUCGAAAAGGCCUUAGGCGAGUGUGUGUGUGUGGUUCGAGUCUUGAGCAAUAACCGAGAGCAUGGUGGAGGCUCGCGUUACGUAAAGCGGCAACGGCAAGAAGAAAUAAAGUUGAAAACUGCUAAUUUCCGUUAGAUAAUUUUCCGUUCCAAGCGCGCAGUGUGAGCCUCUGAGGAAACCCCCUCGGCUUUGGCUAGUGCAAAAUGUGAGAGCUUGACGGUGGUCGUCAGUGCACAAUCCGGUAACUGCAGUGCAACGCUGUAGUGAAGUUAGUGAAGAACCAUGCCCGAAUCUGUCGCGUCUGGAAAAUCCAAUUGAGAAGCAAUUUCCGGGCGCUCUCUCUCGUGAAUCUCGUGGAAAGGGAGAACGCGGUGACAUGACUUCCAACGGAGGUCCACCGCCGGAGGCGGCCGGCCGCGACGAGGUGGACUUUGUCCUCAAGGUACAGCCCACCGAGCCGGAGGCGUGCCUCGGCUGCACCAAGAACCAAAAGCUGGACAAGUUUAACAUUUUCGCACUCAGGCGCCGACCAAAGAGUGACCCCGGAACGGGGACCAUCGCGAAGCACGCCCAACAGCGGGCGGCCGCCGAAGUGCCCGCCCCCGCCGAUCCCGCCAAGAAGAAAAAGUCGCGCUUUGUGAAGAGCGCCUCGAUUGCGCGCAUCUUCGGCAACAACUACAAUACCAAAAAGUUCGAGCAGCAGCAGGAGGAGGGCUCAGGUGCGCUGUUGAAGUUGCAGCAGCAGUUCCGGCGGGGCUUCCUGGGUGCGGAGCGGUUCCAGAAGAAGGAUACCGCCGCCGCGAGUGCCUCGGCCGAGCAGCAGGAGCCGAAGAUUGGGGACGCGUGCUACGUGAACGACAGUGAGAGUGGCCCGCGGGCAAUCAGGUCGAUUACGCGGGGGUUGGGACGGUUGCUGCGGCGGAACUCGCACAGCAUCGAGAUUAGCAGGCCCGAUCCGGAGUAUAAGGUUUCGUACCUGGGGAACGUGCUGACGGGGUGGGCGAAAGGUGAAGGAUGCGUGGAGAAACCACUCGCGACAUUGUGGCGAAAUUACACCCAAAACAGCAAACCGGACGUGAUGAUGAAGCUGUGCCUGUGUCCUUCCGGCCUGAAGGCGACGACGCGGCAGCACGGCCUCACCGAGUACUGGUCCCACCGGAUAACGUACUGCACCGCGCCAAAGAACUACCCGCGGGUCUUCUGUUGGAUCUACCGGCACGAGGGCCGCAAGCUGAAGCACGAGUUCCGAUGCCACGCCGUCAUCUGCACCAAAGAGUCCGUCGCGCAGGACAUUAGCACGGUGCUGAAGGAAAACCUCACCAAAGCCCUGCAGGAGUUCAAGCGGGACAAGCUGAACCGCCAGAACGCCCGCCUCAGUCUGGCCAACAGCGUGUACGACAACCCGAGCAUGCCCCGCCGCAAGAUCAUGCUGAGCGUCGGCUCGAACAACUACCGGCCACCGCUCGAGCGCUCCAAGUCCGCCCCCAAGCUGAUGGCGAUCGAGGAGAUGAUUGGCGAGGAGGAGGAGGACGACGAACGACCGGCUGUUACGGUUGCACCGUCGCGCGUUGCGAAGACCGAAGAGUUCCGUGCGUGCUGCCGCGAGGACGCGCUGUUCCCGUCGACGACGCUGGGCCGGCGGAGAUGCCGCCGGGGGCACUCAAUUCGGCGCGGCCGGUUGCGGAACUCGUUCAAGUCGCCGAAGGCUGUGGAAGCGAAGGUACCGCUGAAGAACGAGAACGUGGUGCAGGACAGUCCGAUGACCAAGUCGGUGGACUCGAUACUGGACACGAUCAAGCAGGAGGAGGAGGACGAGGGGGAGGUUGUUGGGGAAGGAGAGGGGGAUGUGAAGGUUGGUCGGCACUCGGACUCGUCCGAGGAUGACUUUGAGGCGUUCUUGCUCAACUACAAUUACAAUUCCAAAGAACCGCUGUCGACGGAGUUGAUUUCGUACCUGGAUACGAAGCUGAGUCCGAAGGUGGUGGCGAGUAUGCACGAUCUGAGCAAUAGUCAGCGGUCGGAAGAGGGCGAACCUAGCAGAAGGUUGGAACCGUCGCGGUACGCGUUGAGUUUAGACGACCUGGAUAAUUACGAGGAAGACGAGCACGACCACGAAAACACCGAAGACGAGGUGUUCUUCAACCAGGAUGAAGUGCUGGAAAUGCUUCGCAGUGCAGCGGAGUCCGCCAACAACUUCAUCGCCGGCGAAAAAUCCGACCUGAUGAGUCUCCUCCAAGAAGCGCCCAGCGGCGAAGACGACACCGCUCCUCCAUCGCUGCUCUGCGUAACGAACAAAAUCAACGGCAACUCCGACAGCGACGAAGGUUCCAUCUCCAGCGGGUGUGAAACGUCCAGUACAGUUACCACCAACACGGACGAAUCCGCCGCAGUUCUCAUCAAACCGUGUUCCGUGCUCGAACGGGUACGCUCCUUCGAGCAGCUCGCCGAACAUCAGGUCAUCCACGAACCGCUCGGCGAAAAGACUCCGCUCGGCAGCAAGCUGAACUCCGAGCAGCUCUUCAAGCGCAGCAUCACAUUCCCGGCGCCCGGCGUCAAAACGAGCUUCCUCCUCCCCGUAACGACCUCCACCAUCGUCCACCACGAGGCCGAAUCGCCAAACUCCACCCGACCAAACUCCUCCAACUCUGGUGGCGGUCCGUCGAGCCGUCGGCUCAAAUCGACGGUGGCCGCCAUCAACACCGAGCUCAUCAACCACCUGCAGGCGAUCGACUCCGACUCGGACCUCAGUGACGAGUCCGGCUACGUCGAGUUCCAGGAGCAUCACGGCGCUGCGACCGCCAAGUCCGUCAAGGCUUGAGCACGUGGCGGGUGAGCUGCUCCAGUACGGUUCCGGGUACAAAAGAUCUAGUGAUUUAGCUUUACCACACUAAUAAAUUCACUAAAUUGUUUCUUUUUUUAUGUUGUUGAUUUUUGUUAGGCGCAGAAAUGCUCGCAUCACAGCAAAGAAUUACUAUUCUUAGGACACAAAAUCACACAAACACACACAGCAAAAAUCCAGGCAAAAUAUUGUUUAGCGUACUAACUAUUAGCGAUGACAAUGAGGACGUGAAAACACACACAGACACAUACCAAAUAAUUUAUUGUACUAACAGUAUGGUUUAAAUCGUUAGUCGUUAGGUUGCGCUAGUUAGACGAAACAAGAUUAUUGAAAGGCAAAUCUAGAGAUCCUUGGAAGGGAGUUAUGAUAUUUGUAGCAUCCAAGUGACGAAAGUUUGCACAUCACAACAAAAACACAUAGACAAAAGCGGGGGGUAAAGUUAAUAUAUAAAAAGGAAACCAGAACUAGAAUAACUCUUUGUAAAAGUCCGACAGGUACCUAUCAAACCCUACAUAAAUGCAGCAGUAUAAACUGUUGAUGAAUCUCCGUUGAAACAAACACACCGCGUUGCGCUCGUACAAUUUGUUUUAUAAAACAAAACCGAACAGAAAACCCUUACCCAAGCAAAA